AUAGACAUGCGCGUGCUGCUGGAUACACAAAAAGGAACAUGAAACCUGGAUAAUUUGGCCACUGUCAAGCCCAUUCCUUAUGGCAAAAGACAGAAAAUGAGGACUUUCCUUUGCAUUCUUGUGGCAUAUAUUCUUGUCUGCCUAAUUCCUACGGAAGGCCAACAAAGAUACCAGAAGAGGAUGUGCUCACGUAUCCCAAAACUGUCAAAUUGUGUAGGUGAAGAAGUGAGGUGGCGGUAUGACAAAGAUAAAGACAAAUGCAAACCUUUCCUUUCUGGGGACUGCACCAAGAAUAAGGGUUUUCCGACCUGUAGGAGCUGCAUGAAGACGUGCCAAAGAAAACUUCCCAAAGGCAAGAACGAAAAGGGCAUGAAACCUUCAAAGGAAGAAAAUUACAUCGGUAUUUGCCCACCUUAUGAAUAACAAUCGAAAACCGGGGAACACAGGAGGUGGAAGUACUAUUAUUUUACAUUUGCGCGCCUUCUUGCGCAGAAAAAAGGUAAUAAAGAUAUCAGUGCUUAUCGUU